CCAGGGCCUGAGCCUGCCUGGGCAGCCGCCCCUUCCCGAGAAGAAGCGAGCCUCAGAGGGGGACCGAUCUCUGGGUUCGGCCUCCCCGUCCUCCAGCGGCUUCUCCAGCCCACACAGCGGGAGCACCGUGAGCAUCCCAUUCCCAAACGUCCUCCCGGACUUCCCCAAGCCCUUGGAGGCUGCAGCGCCCUCCCCAGAUAAUCUGGGUGAUAAGCACGUGUCCGUGAACUUUGUCCAAGACACAUCCAAAUUCUGGUACAAGGCGGAUAUCUCCAGAGAGCAAGCCAUCGCCAUGCUGAAGGACAAGGAGCCUGGGUCAUUCAUCGUCAGGGACAGCCACUCCUUCCGAGGAGCCUACGGCCUGGCCAUGAAGGUGGCCACUCCUCCCCCUUCCGUCUUGCAGCUCAACAAGAAAGUGGGAGAUCUGGCCAAUGAACUCGUUCGGCACUUUCUGAUCGAGUGUACCCCGAAGGGAGUGCGGUUGAAAGGGUGCCCCAACGAACCCUAUUUUGGGAGCCUGACGGCUUUGGUGUGUCAGCAUUCCAUCACGCCCUUGGCUUUGCCCUGCAAGCUGCUCAUUCCAGACAGAGGUACGCUGUCCGGUCCUCCGCGCUGCUCUGGCUGUCCGCAUGCAUGUCGGGUACGGCAGUGUCGGGUCCGUGAGGACCCGCCGACAGAAGUCAGACUGGAGUCUUCCUCUGUCAUGUGCCCUGUGGUGGUGCCGCGGACCCACACCCACCCUGAGGCUGGGGAGGGGUCUCCAGCCCCACUGGGGAUGUGNGUGGGGAGCAAGCGGUAG